AUGCUGUCGCCCUGCUACUGUUGCGGCAGGAGGUCGAAGCCUUUCUUUAUCACGAAGCCAACCUGCUGGACGAACGCCGGUACGACGAAUGGCUGGAAUUGCUCGCCGCCGAUGAUCCGUUAUUGGGUGCCCCUGCGGCGCAAUGUGAAGUUCGGCGAACUGGAACGGGAGUUCACCCGCCAGGGCCAGGACAUCAACUGGUUCGACGAAGGGAAGGAAACGCUGACGCAGCGGGUCAACCAGAUUCAGACCGGCGUGCAUUGGGCCGAAGAACCACUUUCCAGACUGGCACACCUGGUUACCAACGUAGAGAUUAUUGAUGCUCAACCCGAUGCGGCCUCGGCCGACGAGGUUUCAAUACGGUGCCGUUUCAUCAUCUACCGCAAUCGCGUGGCUACCGAAACCGACAUCCUGGUCGGGCGGCGCGAAGACACCCUCCGGCGGGAAGAUGGACAGUUGCGGAUCAGUAGUCGCAAGGUCGUGCUCGAUCAGAAUGUCCUGCUGGCCAAAAAUCUGACUUUCUUCUUCUAA